AUGGGUGUUCGGCAGAAGCUUCUAGCACUGAUUCGUGAGGUUUUUCCGGAGGCAGAUUUAGUAGCUGUUGGCUCAACUGUCAAUGGAUGUGGUUCGUACAACUCAGACAUGGAUUUAUGCCUUUGUCUACCCAUCACUGCUAAUGGUUUUGCAAGCGAAAGAACGAUCGAUGAUCGUUUCCCAGCACUAUGCCUUUUGGUGAAGCACUGGGCGAUCACUGCCAAUAUCAAUAAUGCAUUGCUUGGGACGCUAAAUAGGUUUGUUACAAUUUGUAUUCUUUUUAUGCAAAAAAAAAAACUGCAUUAUUCAACGGGCAGUGCUAAAGAGUGA